AGAGUUGUUGUAACUUCGAAAAAAAAUAUAUUUUCUGUGGGAUGUGGCGCUUCUUCAAUUUGCUUCGCUGUAGAGCCCAACCUUCACCCCUAUGAUUCCAUUAAAGUCGCUAAACUCCAGAUAAAACGAGAAGGGAAACAGAGAGAAAAUCAAUCACAAAAAAGUUCUGCAGCAUUUCGUUUCGUGCCCCUUGCAUCUCUUCCUUUCUGUUCUCUCAAAACACAGAAAGGAAGAGAUAAACAAGUGCCAGGAAACCUUUAUUCUGAUUUUCUUACUUCUAGUUUCUCUUGGUUUGCUUCAAUGGCGGAAGAGAAGAGGAACAUUUCAAGCGAUGAACUUAAAAAGCAUAACAAAGCGGAAGAUCUGUGGAUCUCUAUCCAGGGAAAGGUCUACGACGUCACGGAUUGGAUUAAAGAUCACCCGGGCGGUGAAACCUCACUCCUGAAUCUCGCCGGCCAGGACGUCACAGAUACUUUUGUUGCUUUCCAUCCGGGCACUGCAUGGAAAUAUCUCGACCGGUUCUUCGUCGGGUACUUGAAAGACUACCAAGUUUCCGAGGUGUCGAAGGAUUACAGGAGGCUUGUUUCCGAGUUCUCUAAAUUAGGUUUGUUUGAGAAGAAAGGGCACGGGAUCUUCAUUUCCCUUUGUUUUAUGGCAAUUCUAUUUGCUAUUUCCGUCUGCGGCGUCCUGUUCUCUAAGAACGUCUGGGUUCAUCUAGCCUCCGGUGGGCUGAUGGGUUUUCUUUGGAUUCAGAGCGGGUGGGUUGGGCACGAUGCUGGACAUUAUCAGAUCAUGACUAGCCCUGGGUUCAACCGGUUCGCGCAGGUCCUUGCAGGCAAUUGCCUUACAGGGAUCAGCAUUGGGUGGUGGAAGUGGAUUCACAAUGCUCAUCACAUUGCCUGUAACAGUCUCGAUUUCGAUCCAGACCUCCAACACAUCCCCCUCUUCGCGGUAUCUUCAAAAUUCUUCAAUUCACUCACAUCUUACUUUUACGAGAGGAAGAUGACUUUCGAUUCUAUUGCUAGAUUUCUAGUGAGUUACCAGCAUUGGACUUUCUACCCUGUUAUGUGCUUUGCCCGAAUUAAUCUCUUUGCGCAGUCGUUCUUGUUGUUGGUCUCGAAGAGAAGGGUCCCCAAUAGAGGUCAGGAGCUUGUGGGUGUCCUUGUCUUCUGGGUUUGGUUUCCCUUGCUUGUUUCCUGCCUGCCCAAUUGGGCUGAGAGAGUGAUGUUCGUGGUUGCGAGUUUUUCUGUUACUGGAAUUCAACAUGUUCAGUUCUGCUUGAAUCAUUUCUCAUCAAGUGUGUAUCUUGGACCACCUCGCGCAAAUGACUGGUUUGAGAAGCAAACGAAGGGCACACUUGACAUUGCUUGUCCAUCUUGGAUGGAUUGGUUUCAUGGUGGAUUGCAAUUUCAGGUUGAGCAUCAUUUGUUCCCUCGAUUACCACGGUGCCAUCUCAGGAAGAUCUCCCCAUUUGUGAGGGAUCUCUGCAAGAAGCAUAACUUGCCUUAUACAAGUGUUUCAUUCUUUGAGGCUAAUAAGAUGACAAUCGGGACACUGAGGACAGCAGCAUUGCAAGCUCGAGAUCUCACCAAUCCGAUUCCAAAGAAUUUGGUCUGGGAAGCAGUUAACACUCACGGUUGAUGUUUGAUGAGGCGUACUGACACUCUACUGUUGCAAUUAUUUGGAUCCACCAGGAAUUAAGUCGGUACACCUUUCUUCCUCUUGAUGGUUGUCUCAGGGAGAUCGUCAGCUGGUUUCUGUGGAGGGAGGACUUUCACCAUUGAUGGCAGACGUCAAUUCUCCAUUCUCUCUUCUCCUUAUUCAUAGUAUCCGCUUAUCCGUUCUUGCCUUUUUCUGAUUGAGGUUACAUAUUUUCCAUAGAUUCAUUUGCAGGAUGAGGUAUAUUAUUUAUUUUCUGCCUUGUUUGGAUUAGUAAUGCAAAAAAAAAAAAUGUUUAUUUAUCCAGUCGCCCCAAAUCGGCUAGAUAGUUAGCAUGCUUCUCUGGGUUGUCGAAUCUCCUCAUAGUUGUCUUAGUUGGGUUAGGAGUUGCUUAUUAUCUAGGUCAGUUGAUGUAACAUUUGCAAGCUUUGGUUUUUGUCAAUACCAAGGUUAGUUUGAACUUUGAAGAUGGGACUUUGUCAAAUUAGUAGGUACUCCAUGGUAAUUUUCUUUAUUACAUAUUA